AUGGAGCACAAUUGGCAUGAGGUGGUUAUCCAGAACGACGAGGCCGACAAGGCUUUUGUCACUGCCGCCCCUCUGCUUGUGAAGGCUCUUCGCCUGAUUGCCUCUGUGCGGGCUUUGCCACUCUCGCUGAAUGUCGCAUGGCGGGAAUCUGAACUUGCCGGCGUUGGCGACCCGCACCUCGUGCACCGCAGAGCGCUCAAGGAGGCACGGGAGCUGCUGGGAACCCUGAAGCCUCAAUUGGAGUCGGUCUAUAAGUCCUUGUCGCACCUCCAGAUUGCAAAAGCGGACUCGCGGCACUCCCACUCCUUGUUACAUUGCCAUGAAGGGCUGAUUGCGCCACGCGAGAUGGCGAUGGACGCGUUUCUGGAGUCGCAGCCUGUGUUUGACUACGCAAACUUCCGUGCGCAGUUUGAGCAGCUUUGUCAGGUGAUGGCCAACUCCGUGCUCUUCUCCGCCUGUGAUCCCCGCAUCAAAGUCCUGCAGAGUCGCUAUCGCCUUUACCGUGCCUUUAAUGGAGUGCGUGAGGACGAUUUCCACCCAACACUCGGAGGCGGAAGUUUCAACCUCGCACCGAAACUCGACGUGCGACGCGUUGAGAGCUGCAUGUCUGCCAACACGUUGGUGACGUUCAUGCGGCAGACGCUGGCGCAGGAGCCGGACAUGGUGCUGCCUGCGCAGGGUGAAGCUUCGUUCUCGAUGGCAGGAGUCCCUCGACUUCGCGUGGAACGAGAGGGUCCGCAGUCGGCGCCCAGUGCAACUGCGAGCCACAGCAAUGAGGAGCUUGACGAGCGUGACCCCACACUAAAAGAAGUGGUGGACAUUUUUUUCGGGCCGCUGCUUCCGCCGGAGGAACGUUAUUUCACGGCCGACGGCCUAGGAUUGCUGCCAAACUACGCUGAAACCACGGGACGCAACCUGGAUGGCUUUGAGACACAAAAUGCGACGCUGUCCACCAAGGCACACGCCAUGCCGCUGCUUAAACACUUUCUUGACGUUUUUGCUGGAAACAACGGCGAUUUACUCGCAAGGCUUGUGUUGCCGAUGUUGUCCAAAAUUGUGACGGGAGAAAAUGCCGUGUUGGAGCUCGAAUUUACCGCCACUGGACGUGUCGCCGGGGAGGUGCAGCACAUUGCGUCUUGGUGUGUCCGCAGCGGACUCAGUGCGACGGGAAAGGUGCAAUUGGCCCUGCGAAUCGUGCAGCAGCCACUCUGCGCGGGUGAAACUGGCGGCACCAGCAAGAACAUGGAGGAGGUGCUACGAAAUAUCUUUGGCCCAAUUUGGAUGGCUCUUCUGCAGCCGCAUGAGCAUUCAGAGAUGGUGCAGUUUCUUCAGCAACUCGCCUCGGUGGAGGUGGGUGUCAGCGGCAACGCCGACUUGCAGGAGCUGCCGGUGGUUAACGACCUCAGGAGGUACUCUGUGGAAAGUGGUAUAACGCCGCCGGACGCUUUUUUUAUUUACCACGUUUGGAGGAAUGUUCAGCUGUUAAACUGCGUGGCCGUUGCCCACCGCUUCUUCGCCUCGGAUAAAAGAGAAGUCGAAACGAGAGCGGCAAGAGCAACAACCGCAGAGGGAGACAAUGUGACAUCCGAAUAUUUCUUGCCGGAGCGAUCACUUUUUUUGCAGCACCGUCCCAUUUUCUCACGACCCCUGCUUUUUCGCUUGGGCGCCUCAGCAACGAGCAAAAACUCCUUCAUGGAAAGUGUGAUGGGGCUCCUCAUCGCAGAUGAGAUGAUGCACCCAGUAGAGGUGUUUAACUGGAGCCCGCUGGCCUAUUUGUACUACCUAACGCAGCGACGCAUUGUCGUUACCCCGUCUCGAAACUACAUUACCCCUUCUGGCUCUGCACUGGAGCGAGACGUACGCUUCAUUGUUGAAACCGGCCUCAACGGCGCGAUUGUCACCCUUGACCCGCUGCACUACAGUACAAGUGACAAUGCCCUUUGCGAAGAGUUCAACGGGCUUCAGAGGGGCUGCCAUCUGGCCCUGGCCGAGAUCACGGAGCUGUGCCUUCACUCCGCCGAGCAUGCCAACUGGAGCAUGGAAAAACGAUGCGAGAUGCUUGGUGGACCUUGGGAACGGGUACGUGCACGGUAUAACGAGUUUACGAAAACGCAGGUGAACUCUUUACGUUUGCAUUUCCGGGAAUCGUCGCUGGCGCAUGAAAUGGACCUCCUCUGUCGAAAAGGCCUGACGGCGGAAUCUGGCUUUAUCGUCGCGUGCGGAGAAGAGAAGGAAGGCCAGACGGCAGCGCUCUUUGGACCAAAAACGAUGGGGACCGCCUCACACUACGCUGCAGCGCUCUCACCGACGUCACUCACGCUGGCGGCGCAGCGUGAGACGUUGUGGCGUUUCUUUAAGGUUCCGCGUCACAGCCCGCUUGCCAAGGUCGACGUGAGUAAUACGUGGUGGAACUUUGUGGAGCGGCAGAUUGAGUAUCCACGGAUAGUUAUUUCGGGCCCAAAGAGUAUGGAGAAGAGUCAUGGGGCUGUGGCGCUUUCGAAAUCGUUUCUCCGACGGCAGUAUUAUAGAAGCUUCAAUGUGGAUUUUGAGCCUCCCCCAACGGGGCAGUUUCAGACUGCCACGACGGUGAAUGCACUGCUGGCCGUGCUGGGUGGCAACACUGCCUCCAAGGAGGAGCAACGCGUGCAGCGUGAGGCGCGCUCGUCCUCUGAUGUCUUUUCACCUCCUCUGAAGCGUGAAGCGCACGUCAGUGUUCCAGAAAAGUUUACUACGCGAGGCGGAGUGUGGGAUGUGGUUCUUACCGCAGAUGUCAAUGAUGCGACAAAGGCGUACUUCCGACCCCUGCCAACCUGGAGCGAGUUUCAAUCGGAUGUACGACAGCUACGACGAGUGUCACACAAGAGUUUCAUGCAACGUUACGCUGCAAAACGACUUGGAAUGCUGGAGUGCAAGUUUAACCUUCACGUCGCCCUCACAAACGACGAUCAGGAGCAACACACCCGCUACACGCCCCCGCUGCUUGAGAAGGCUGAUCUGUACAAGUGUGUCAAGGUGGAUGUGCACUGCCACAUGGCGGCAGGCAUGACGGCGAAGGAACUGUUGAGUUUUAUCAAGAAGAAGGUUAAAAAACACGCUGAUGACAUUGUGGAUGUUGAGCCUGGCACCGGACGUUUUGUGACGCUUGGUGAGUUUUUUGCAAAACUGCGAACUUCACAAAUGCAAGGGGCCGCCGUCAACGUGGAGGAUCUUACCGUUGCCUUGCUUAAAGUCAAGGCGGGGAAAGACACCUUCAACCGCUUUGAUGAAUUUAAUGGCCGCUACAGUCCCCUCGGCAACUCGGCGCUCCGCACCCUUUUUCUCAAGACAGACAACUACAUGGGAGGUCGUUACUUUGCUGAGUUGAUACGUCAAACGUUUCAUCGUCAGGCGGAGGACGGGCAUACGUUUUCCGAAUAUCGCCUCUCCAUCUACGGCCGUCACCGCAGCGAGUGGGACCAACUGGCGCGGUGGAUUCUCCUGCAUCAUUUGUUGCACCCGACGAAUCGGUGGAUGGUGCAAAUACCGCGGCUUUACUCCAUCUACCGCAGGAAUGGCAUCAUCGCCUCCUUCGGCGAGAUGUUGACAAACCUCUUUGCACCACUUUGGGAGGCCUCCGUCAACCCCGAGGCACAUCCUUUUCUCAGCUACCUUCUCUCCCAGGUCAGCGGGUUUGAUAGCGUCGACAACGAAAGCGAGCGCGAGCCUGACACGCUUGUCGAUACUCCACCGCCCCAGUGGACCUUCCACGAGAACCCACCCUUUGCCUAUUGGAUGUACUACAUGUGGGUGAACAUCACCGCACUGAAUCGCUACCGUGCCGCGCGGGGUUUAUCCACCUUUAGUUUCCGUCCACAUGCAGGAGAGAGUGGUGAUCCAGAUCACAUGGCCGAUGCCUUUUUUGUUGCGGAUGGAGUAAAUCACGGCAUCAAUCUUAAGCACUCACCUGUCUUGCAGUACCUGUACUACUUGGCACAGAUUCCGCUUGGUAUGACACCACUUUCGAACAAUGCACUCUUUUGCAAAUAUAAUGAUAAUCCAUUCCCAGUAUUCUUCCGGCGUGGACUAAAUGUGGCGCUUGCCUCCGAUGGGGCGCUCAUCUUUCACCACACAGAGCAACCACUAAUUGAGGAGUACAGCACAGCGGCAAACUUUUGGAAUUUGUCCAUGGUGGAUGUGUGUGAGAUUGCCAAGAACAGUGUACUGAUGUCUGGUUUUCCCUCAUAUCGCAAAAAGGCAUGGUUGGGAAACUUGUGCGCUCUGCGCAGUGCGGCUGGCAACGACGUGCGUCUGUCAAAGGUGCCACAGUCACGAUGCACGUUCCGGUACGAAGUCUACAUUGAGGAGCUUGCCUAUCUGCAUCGAAGAGCCGCGUUGCAUGUGCCACUCAAGUCAAUUAUGGAUGCACAGCUGGAGGGACUGUACACGUUGGACGUGGUCGGUCUCACACGCGAGGAGGUCAUUGAGCGGCGUCUUCAUGAUAAACCGGUUGCGGUUGGCACAGGCGCUGAUGCGGAUGAACUAAAGGGCGAUGACGCCAAAGCGGCCGUUGCACGAGUUAUUCCGUGUGUCACCGCGCAAUCACUACUUUGA